AUGCAGUUUGACAACCGCGGUGUCAAGGUCCAGGGCGAGCGCGUCGCCGCCAACAUUGCGAGGGCCGUGGCUGACUGCAUCUGCAACAUCCCCCUUGCACAUGUCAAGUACCUCGGCACUAUGGGCCAGUCGGGCCUCCUCAACCACCAAGCGGUAUCGACCUACACCUGCACCGGACCCACCAACACUGGCCAGCCACUCCUCAAGGCCUGCCAGACCAACACACGCGGCGGCCUUCUCACCUCGUCCAUCGCGGCGAAGUGCAUCAAGAAAUACACCGACACCUGGGUGCCCCUCGACAGCGUCGAACUGCAGAAGGCGACAUGCACCCCUUCCAAGGGCCCUCCCUCUGGCAAGUGA